GAAUCUUAGGAAGUACACAGAUUUUGGAAUGCUUAGUGAUUAUAUUCCAAACUGAUCGUAAUCGUGAUCGUGAUCGUGUUCGUGAGAGUAGCAAAAGCGAGUAAAGUUUCGGUUCCCUAGCACAAGUGGAAAGAUAUGAUAACACGACGUCGGCUUGAUGACUGGACAUAGAUACAUUACUUUGAACACGAGAUGGAGAUGAUAAGACACUAUAAAAAUGCUCAUGGAUGAGGCUGAGACAAAAACACACAAACACUAUCUUCUCUCCAUCUCUCUUACACUCAAAAUCACUGUAAUAACUUUUUAAACUACAAAUGACAACUUCAUCUGCAUCAACUCGCAAGGGUCUGACCAAAAUCGCCACUAAUAGACUACAGAAAGAGUUCAUGGAGUGGCAGACUAGUCCUCCUGCAGGUUUCAAGCACAGAGUCUCUGAUAAUCUCCAACGAUGGAUCAUUGAAGUGAAUGGAGCUCCAGGAACCCUUUAUGCCAAUGAAACUUACCAACUUCAAGUGGAAUUUCCUGAGCAUUAUCCUAUGGAAGCUCCACAGGUUAUCUUUCAGCAUCCAGCUCCACUCCAUCCUCAUAUUUACAGCAACGGUCAUAUUUGCUUGGAUGUUUUGUAUGAUUCAUGGUCGCCUGCGAUGAGACUAAGUUCAAUCUGUCUUAGUAUUCUCUCAAUGCUCUCAAGCUCAUCCGUUAAGCAAAAGCCUAAAGACAACGACCAUUACUUGAAAAACUGCAAAAAUGGAAGGUCCCCUAAAGAAACUAGGUGGCGGUUCCACGACGAUAAAGUAUAACAUCUAUGUGUGCCCUUUAAUAUUGUAACUAUAAACCAAAAUGUAAUGAUCUCAGGUUGAGUUCUUGACCUGUUUCUAUCUUCAAAACUAGAACAGCUCCUUUUCGCAGUUUAA